AUGGAGGAGCUACAAGCUAAACACCGCAAGGAACAGAAAGAUCUACAGGCUCGAAUCACUCAGAAGAAGAAGUCUGCCACGAAGAAGACUCGCAAAGGAAUCAACGAUGAUUGCGAGAGGCUCCAGAGAGAGCUCUCUGAGCGGCAACAAGCCGAGAUCGCGCAAUUAAAUGGCGAAUCGGACCAGCCUGUGGAUGGCAUCGAAGACCUCAGUUUGAACGAAUCCAGUGAAGGGGACCGAAACGUUGAUGAGGCUGGUGACUCACCGGAUCAGCAAAAUGCAGAUAGCCCAUCUGAGACAACACCAUCGUCGCCCCAGAGCUCUACCCCCGCAACCCCGCAACCCUCCGGCCCCCGUCCUAAGAAGCCCAAUCGCCAGAAGGCACGUUUAGCACGUCGUGCAGCGGAACAAGCAGCGCAGUCAGCAAUUGCUGCGGAGGAGGCCGCAAACCAAACCGAUCAUCGUGGGAAUGAGAAAGAGGUCAUGGAGGGCGUGUUCAAGCGCUUACAGUUGAAGGAGGUUGACAUAAACCCGGAUGGUCACUGUCUGUUCUCUGCCAUCGCAUGCCAGUUGGACGAGCAAGGCAUUGGUCUGAAACCUGACCCGAAGAGAAUGAUCCUCCAGCCUCCCACUCAAUCCCGCAUUGAUACCGUGGCUUCGCCCAAACAUGACGGGUAUCGGGCGGUUAGAGCUGUGGCGGCGGACUUCAUUAGCGACCACAAGGACGACUUUGCACCAUUCAUGGAGGAGCCUUUGGACCAAUAUACCAGGAAGGUCAAGCUGACAGCCGAAUGGGGCGGACAACUUGAAUUGCAAGCGAUCGCCAGGGCAUAUGGCGUUGAGAUCAAUGUCAUCCAAGGCGAUGGGAGAAUCGAAAAGAUUGAACCGGGCGAGGUCGAUGAACCAGGCGACGAAGAGGGAAGCAAGCGGGUCAUCUGGUUGGCUUACUACAGACACACAUACGGGCUUGGGGAGCAUUACAACGCACUCUCCAAACAUACAUAG